UAUCGUCAUUCCUAGCCAACUAUCUAUUUGCAUCAGUUCACUGCAAUUGCUCUCACAGUCUUGCUUUACCUUCACGUUUGACUAGAGACUGACCGAUUUUGUCGUCUGCAGGACGAUUACGGCCGCCGCACAACUUACGUCAUACAACCGACGCAGAGGUAAAAGUCGAAGUAUUCGCGAGCAGUUUAGGAAUAUUGAAGUGUGACAAACAUGAAAAGCAGAAGUCCUUUUAAAUCGGACAAGACUGGAAUCGCUUUCGUUUCAUCUUCCACACACGGGAAGAAUGAUAAAAAGCCAGUUGAAAUCAGCAUUGACCAGGUACGACCAGGACUGUUUUGCGUUCAUUGUCAAUGGGACAAACCGAACGACUCAGUUGCCGGAAACAAGAAUGCCAACUUCCUAGCUAAUCCGUUCUCCGGCUUGUCGAUCAAAGUGCCUGAACAAGAUCGAACCCAGCCUUCGCCUCUUUUCGGGACAAAGAGCUUCAAUGGUAACACGAAGAGUACUGCUACGGGACUAGUAUUAAAGCCGGCGGCUUUCAAUUUUACGGCCAGCGUACCAUCGACAUUAUUUAGUUUUGGGUCUCCAGAAAGCAAGGCGCCUCAACAACAGCAAACUUCCACUCUUGAUGAAGAAGCUGAAGCGAAAAGCUCCGAGACGUCAUUAGUACAUACUCCAUUGGGAUUUUCCACCAAUACCUCUGGACAACCUGAAACCAAAAACGAGACGGUCAAAUAUGUUGCUGAAUUCACAGUAAACCAGCAGGCAUACAUUUUGAAAGCAUCGUUCACCACGUCUUCGUGCAACAUCGUGGGUUCAUUAGCCCUGAAGGAAGUCAGAACGAAAUCCUGGCUGGACACCGACAAAGUAACGGGUGACUUUGACGAAAAAGAUGAUAUUCAGUUACCAUCGGCUGUUUGGGCGAACCUCAGUGGAACCGAAAAGAAAUAUCACAAUCUUACGUUAGCGAGUUUGGAUCAUUCCUGGGUGUCGGAUGAUUUUGAUGGGAGCUUUGCCCGUUUUACUAGUUUCAAUGCCGGUCCUACCAAUUGGAAAUCGCUGGCCUGUUCAGUAUGGGUACAGUUUGAAACGUCCAAUAUGAGAGAAAAACAAGCUCUUAAGCAAAUCACUGACUUGUACGUCAAACAGACGUACUGCGACGUGCAAUUCUUGCUCAAAGACGAUGAGCACAUUGGGGGCCACCGAUAUAUAUUGAUGGCUAGGAGUCCAGUAUUUGCCGCAAUGUUUAAAAACGACAUGGAAGAGACAACCACUGGCGAAGUUAAGAUUGAAGAUUGCGAACCAGAUAUUUUCAAGCAGCUUCUUCACUACAUCUACUCGGGAAGGACUUCGACGCCGUUAACUGAUGCGAUCGCUCAAUCGUUGUUCGUGUUAGCCGACAAAUACGAUAUCCAAGACCUGAAGAAAGAGUGUGUCACUUUUCUGCUGUCCUGCCUUAGGAUGGAUAAUGUGGUCGGUUUAUUGGUCUGGUCACAUCUUCACUCAAUUGAAGAGUUAAAAGAAGUCACGCUCACCUACAUGGCCCGUAAUGGCAAAGAAAUUUAUCUUCUAAAAGAUUUGGAGGAAUUAGCCAAGAACUAUCCAGAACUCUCCGUCUUGGCUUUUCGACGUAUGAUGGGUUGCACAGUCCAUUGAGUUCAAGAGUCAAAAUGACGCAUGGAUCAAAGCUUUCAUGUCUUUAAUUUUACGUUUAAUGGAAAUGGGAAAUACAUAGAAGAAUAUAACCAA